AUGACUUCAAUUUUUCUGCAACCAGUUUUAUUACCAUUACCUGCACCAACGAAAAAUAAAGUUGGAAGACGUCUAUCAAAGCAAAGCAUUUGUCUUGUAUGUGGUGAUAUUGCUCGAAUUAUUAAUUAUGGUGCACUUUGUUGUCAAGCCUGUAAAACAUUUUUCCGUCGAAAUGUAUCUCGUAAUAAAAGUCAAAUCAUAUGUCGGCGUGAUGGAAAUUGUGAAGUAACAAAACAUACGCGUUUAGGUUGUACGGCAUGUCGACUUAAGAAAUGUUUUUCUACUGGUAUGGAUCCAAAUUUGAUACGGAUAGCUGAUCGACGUGAUAGUAGAAUUAAUAAUAUAAAACAAGAAACUAUGAACCAGUCUAAUCUACCAUUACAAACAUUAGAUUUAUUAAAAUAUGAUCGUUCUUCUCUGACCAGUCUACAAUGGACAUUACUUUCGAAUGUAAUACAUGCCUAUGAUAAAUUUGAUCCAUCAUCUAUAAUAACAAAUACAAUGAAAUAUUUAAGAAAUUUACCUGCAGAACGUCUAUUCGAUGCAUCACAUACAUACAAUUUAUUUACUACGUAUUAUGCAACAGCCCAAUCAUUUGUUGCAUCUGCACCUGAUUAUAAAAUUCUUACGAUAAAUGAACAACAUUCAUUAUUAAAACGUAAUCUUAAUGGUUUAUUUAUAUUUUGUGCUGAAAUUGUUUGUCGAGAUUUACGAAUGCUUGAAAAUCCUGUAUGGUCAAAUACUUUAACAUAUACACUUGGAUCUGAUAUGAUUAAACGUAAGAAAAUACUUAAUAGUCGACUUGAACAAGAUACAACAUUAAUUAAAUUAAUGCUUAUUAUAAUUGCUUUCUCUUCAAAUUGUUAUAUGUUAGAUGAUCGACAUAAUUUAUUCAAUGAUCAUCUUCUAUUAGGUACAUUUCGUUUAUUUGGAAGUCAAAAUGUAUUCGUUGAAAUCCUAUGGAAAUAUAUGAUAUAUCGAUAUGGUUAUCGAGAAUCUGUACUUCGAUUUACUGCUCUUAUUAAACAAACACUCGAUCUUAUUUCAUUAGUUGUUAAUAUGUAUAAAAGUGAUAGACUUCAUCAAGAUUUUGUCGACGAUACAAUUACAUUAGCUACAUCAACAAUCAAACUUGAUGAAUGUAAUUCUAUUCCAUUAUGGGGUAAAACACCAAUUCUUCAGAGAAAAUCUAUACAAUAG